AUGAAAACUCUCUCAAUCUUUCUAUUUGUUCUUAGCAUUUGCAUGAUUUGCCAUGUCAAUGGUGCAGGAUUCAAGAUCUCGAACGAACUUAAAAUUCAAAAAAAACUUUGCUUUACCUGUUACUCCGGAGACAACAGAAUAGGUCCAAAAAUACUAGAACCCGGACAAAGUUCGAACACAAAUUUCAAGACUAACAUUUGGGGGACAACGCGGUUCAUGUGUACGUUGCACCAAGGGCCUAAUUAUAGACAUCAUCAGAGCUUUACAGCAUUUAAACAGGAAGGUCCUGUAGAUACUGGAAGUGAGUGGGAUUGGAGAGCCAGAGAAAAUGGCAUCUAUUUGAAAGUAUGGGACGGUAAAAGUGCAAAAAGCAAGGUCGAUAUGCAUAAAAAGUACGAUUGGAUAAAUUAG